AUGGAUUUUCCGACCGACAUGCAUCGUCGUAAUACAAUACUACGGAGGCCACCGCCACCGCUGCACCAGACUCUUCCUGUUCGGACGGAUCGUGCCGAAGUCGUUGCAUUCUACCUAAAUGACCCUAUAGUGACUAUUCUGUAUAAUAUUGCUGCAGCAUUUACCAGAUAUACAACCGGACAGGAGUCACGACUGGACUGUGAAAAUCGUAUUAAUUUUGAUAUUAUAUGGUAUACGCAAUACGCGGAUCUGCAGAAGGAAAACAGACGCGACUACACUGGAAAACGUACACUCGUAAACCGUCGCGGAUUUGCGAGCGAAAUGGAUUUUCCGAACGACAUGCAUCGUCGUAAUAGAAUACCAUACUGA